CGUAGCAAAUUUUAGCACUGAAAAUAAAAAUUUCUUCUGAAUUUGGUCGAUUUAUUCCUAAGAAUUGUGUAUUUUGUGAGUAAAUAGCAAGUCCUAGUUUUAAACAAAUCUCUAAGCCAAACACUGAGUCCAAAAAGGUGUACGAUAACAAGAGGCUAGAGAAUGAGUCAGCCCCCUUGGCAGGGCUAUGACCAGCAAGGUACCCCUCAGCAGCAGGGUCAACAGCAGGUGCCUGGACCCAUGAAGUUCUAUGACCCUAAUCAGUUCCAGGGUGGGACAACUUCAAGCUUUCCCCAGCAGCAGCCUGUCCCAGGGGCAACUGUUCAGAAUGGUCAACCACCCGGUAUCCCAGUAUCCAGUCAGGCUCACUAUGGCGCUCAGUCAACCUGGGAUCAGAAUCAAUGGCAGAAUCAUGACUGGCAAAAUCAAGGUCAAGAUGGCCUUGGAGGUCAAGUUGACCCAACACAGCAGCUAGGUCAAGGUGACCAAUAUCAGAAUCAAACAUGGGAUCCCAACCAGCAACAAUAUGGUUACAACAACCAAUGGCAGAAUGUAGAUCCUGGCCAAUCUUGGGGUCAGAAUGAAUCAGUAGGGUCAGUCCAAAGUUAUAACACACAGCAAAGUAAUGACUCGUACUUCUCGAAUCAGAGUAAUAUAACUGACAGUUUUAACAAUGUAGCCCCUCAGAGUCAAGAAAUGCACACCAAUCCCCCAGGGUUUCCCAUAAGUAAACCAGAGUUGAAAAAUGAUGACCAAGUGAGCACCUACAUUGAUGGGCAAGCUAAUCUUGGUGAUAGCUUGUCUAGCUCUACAGCCUCUAACAUGUUCAAUAGUGAUGGAUAUGAAGAAAACACAAAUGAUGGAGGUGCAUUUUCUAGUUUCUAUGGUAAUGCUGAUGAGGACAAGGUGAUAGAAUAUGAUAAUAAAGGUCAGUGUGACACAGAUAUUGGUAACAUAUCAAACCAGAUGCAGAAUGUAUCACUAAAGGAGCCCAAUCAACAGGGGGAGGAUGCAUAUAAAAGAGUUGAUUCAUUUAGUAAUUUACAACAUGAGCCAUCACCAUUUGAUGAGAUAGCCCCUGGUCCUGCUCAGUUCUCACCUGCUGACUUCCCACCCCUUGGCCACCAACCUGCCACACUGACCCCUUCUUCCACACAGGAGGUCCAGUCUGCUACCCAGGAGCCCCAUUUUACACAGGCAACCCAUCAUUCACAGGAACCCCAUUCAGUAACUAAGACUCCCCAUGCAGUAACACAAGAGAUCCAGGAAUCCUCCCAGAAUCCCCCUGACUCAGAACCCAAAACUGACUUCUUAGAAAAUAAUUUUAAUUCUGGUAAUCAGGGGCCAUCACAACAAGGUGCCCCUGUGGAACGGGAGACACCGCAGUCUCAUGAAAACACUAACAUUGAAGCUCCAGCUAAUGCUAACCUAGAGGAAACUCCCAUGGUGAAUUAUUUCCAAGGCCAACCCCAUGUCCAGCAGGAAUCCCAGCCGUUAUAUCACCCUCAACAGCCAGGGGUUAAUACAGAGGCAACACUUGACCCUCAGGCUCCACACCCCCCUUCCCAGGAUAAAUCACAUUUUACUCCCCAGCCUGCCAACCCUGAGUUAUUAAGCAUCCAAGAAGGGAGCAGGAGUGCUAGUGGUUCCCCUAGUGUACAGUUUAUUGUAGGAUCCAACCCUAGUUCAACCACUGCCAGUGCUAGCCACAGCAGGCAGGGGUCUUCCAAUGGACAUGAUUUACAUGUACAAGAGCCCCAUAUUCAGCAAGCAGACCCCCGCACACAGCAAACAGACCCCCACACACAGCAAACAGACCCCCACAUACAACAAACAGACCCCUACAUACAACAAACAGACCGCCAUAGUCACCAAACAGACUCCCAUAUUGAAAAUCCUGAUGGAAACGCCCAACAGCCUGGUAAUGAGAGACCUGCUUCAACACAUUCCUUCUCUUCAAACUACAGUAGUCAGAGUAAUGAACGUCCAGCCUCACAAACAUCAGUGCCACCUAGUGGUGAAGAUCUGUUACCAGGGCAUCAAGGCCCCAAUGUGACUUUACCCCCAAUAGAACAGGAGUCUCAUGUUGGGCAACAAUACUCCAACAUGGCCCCAGCAAAUACACAUACUGAAUAUAAGAACUCUGACUCAAAUUCAACAACUGUGAAUGACUCACAGCUGUCUCAACCUGCUGUGACACAGCAGCUGACCUCAAAUGAACCCAAUGCAGAAAUUAUGGACAGUCAAUCUGGGCCUCAUCAGAGUCACCAGAGAGAUUCAGUGAACUCACCAGAACAUCAUAUGAAUAUUUAUGCUAGCCCAAUAGACCACAGUUCAAAUAGUCCAUUUCAACCUGUGUCCCCAAGACAUUUAGUGAAUAAUCCCCUAGUGGCCUCUAGUGAAGCAUCUUUGCAGCAAUCACACCCUGCCCAGCCCCAAGCCACACAGAGUACACACACAAACUACCCACAGCAAAUAGGACAGACAGUGGCCAGUACUCAGGCUACCCAGCACAGUACACAGCUUGACCAAACAGAGAAUGCACCUCAAAUUGGACUACAGCAGAAUGUUGCUAACAUGCAGCAGAACAAUUCUGGAUUUCAACAGCAAGGAGGUCAACAGUCUCACCUACAGCAGCAGCAGGGAGGUCAACAAUCUAGCCUACAACAACAGGGAAGUCAACAAUCUAGCUUGCAACACCAGGGGCAGGAAAGUCAACAAUUUGUUUACACAGGCCAACAAGAUAAGCAGUCAUUUCCCCCAGUCCAAGGUCAGCAGCCAACCAAUCAGCAGCCAACCCAAGUCCAACAGCAAAUGUUUCCAGGGCAACAACAGUCAAUGUUGCCAGGACAACAAAAUAUAAAACAGGCCCAUUCCCAAAGUCAUACAGAAGCCUCUUAUAUCCCAUCAGGUAAAUCAGAAGAUGUGGAUGUUGCUGAGAGUCAUGCUCAUAUGCGUCAUAUAGCUGGAUUGGACACUGAGAAAAGGGCUCCAUCCCCUGCUACAACUCUAUGGAAAAGUCCACAGAUUCCUCAAAAUAUGCCAGUUGUUCUGGCCCCUGCUAAAACAGAAGCAUCUCGGGAGCAGAUGAACCCUCAAUCCCAAGGACAGUCCCAUGAUGCUCAGCUGCAGCAGCCUGUUGUGCCUUUAAAUCUUGGUCAUAUAAAAGAAAGUCUGGAGAAGGAGAAACAUGUUGAAGAGCUGCAUGAGAACAAACCACAUUCUCAACAACUUGUUAGCAAUCAAUCAGCCAAUGCCUCACAGCACCAAAGUAACAUUAGACAGCAAAAUAUGAUUCCUGGCCAACAAAAUAUGAACCCUGGCCAACAAAUAAUGAACCCUGGCCAACAAACAAUGAACCCUGUUCAACAAAAUAUGAAUCCUAGCCAACAAAAUAUGAACCCAGGGCAACAAAAUGUUAACAUUGGCCAACAAAAUAUGAACUCUGGUCAACAAAACAUGAACUCUGGCCAACAAAAUAUGAACAAUGGUCAACAAAAUUUGAACCCUGGUCAACAAAAUAUCAACCUUGGUCAACAAAAUAUGAACCCUGGCCAACAGACUAUGAAUCCUGGCCAACAAACUUUGAAUCAGGGUCAAUCAAGUAUGAACCCUGGGCAACAAACUAUGAAUCAAGGCCAACCAAGUAUGAACAUGGGUCAACCAAAUACAUACCCAGGCCAACAAAAUAUGAACUUGGACCAACAAAAUAUGAACCAGUCACAACUUGGUAGUAACACACAUCAAAAACAGCUAGGAACUGGUGGAGAAAAUACUAGUUUUGCACCACCUGCUCCGAGGGCACCAGUGGGUCAAGAGACACCAAGACACAACAGAGGAGAGAGGAAUGAUCCCAGGGGGCAGUAUACUCCCAGGGAACAACAGUAUACUGAUAAACAUUAUGAUCCAAGAUAUAGUGACCCAAGAGAUACAAGACGAUACAAUCGCUAUGAAGACCCCAGGUAUGACUCUAGGGGAUACUUUAGUGCCCAGAAACACUAUGGCCAUGGAGGAUAUGACAGACCAAGAUCUCGCCAGGGUGAAGAGUAUGAGAGACCACGUUCAAGACAAGGUGAUAGACCAUCCUCCAGGCAAGGUUAUGAAGACAGACCAAGGUCCCGACAAGGUAUGGAGGUUGAAAGACCUAGAUCCAGGGCAGAUAAAGGAGAGGAGUAUUACUACAGGUGCUAUAAACUACAGUGUGACUACUACAAAAACUCAGAUCCAAGAUUCAAACAACAAGAUUACGAGUACUAUUACUACAAGUACCAGCAGAUGGUACAGUACCGGGAAUACUAUGGCAAUGAUGACUCCGAGUACCAAAGGCCCAUGGAGAAAUAUAACAAAGGCUAUGCUGAUGAGUGGAGGUCCUACAACUCUGCUGAUCCUAGGUACUACAGACAAGAUAGCUACCAGAGUGGCUCACGCCCCAGUAGCAGACAAGGAUAUGACUCUUACGACCACCGCUCAAGCAGUAGAGGAGCCUAUGACCAAUUAGAGCCUUCCCCUAUCUACCCAGCUGACCAAUCAGGUUACUACCAAGCUGCAGAUGGCUCCUAUGUGGCUUACGGACAAGAUGGGGAUCAGUCAUAUUAUGGCCAAACAGAGCCCAGGGUCCCCGAGAGGAGCACACCAGUCAAAUUUUCAAUGCCACAUGUGUGUGCAAGCUUUGGGCCGGGAGGUCAGCUGAUCAAGGUACUUCCCAAUAGGCCAGCAGAUGGCCAGGCUGCGACUGUUACAAUACAUGAUAUGGCGGCUAUGAUUCCUGACUGCUCAGAAGCUGAAGAAUUGAGGUCAUUCCCUGGACCACUUAUCAAAGGACAGACACACAAGAACGAUGUUGUUUCAUUCUGCCAGAGUAAAAUAAAAGAGGCACUUGAAGACCAGCAGCUUGUAGACAGAGAGUCCGCAAUAUUAGUUUGGAAACUUCUGGAACUUCUUAUAAAACAAAAUGGGACGAUAGUUGGUACUGAUAUAGCAGAGCUGUUAUUGGAAGGGCAUGAACCAUCUACCAAAGAAUAUUUAGACCAUGGCCUUCCAAUUGCUCCAAGCUCGGACAGUUUACAUGACGCAUCUAAUGUGACAUCAACCUCGGCAUCAAUGUCAGACAUUUCUAGUCUUGCUGCAGGAAUUGACAAUCUAAAUGUGACCAAUGAGAGAACUGUCAUUUCAAAAACUGGAAAGGGUGAAGAUAUCACCGACAGAUUCCGACAUCUGCUGUUAUAUGGCAGAAAGAAGGAUGCAUUAGACUGGGGAAUGAAAAAUAAUUUAUGGGGUCACACGUUAUUCCUUGCCAGUAAAAUGGAUGCCCGCACUCACGCUAGCGUGAUGACAAGAUUUGCGAAUGUGUCAAUGAAACUAAAUGACCCUCUACAGACUCUGUAUCAGAUGAUGUCUAACCGCCAGCCAGCAGCAGUAACUUGUGUGGCAGAUGAUGCCUGGGGAGACUGGAGGCCUCAUCUUGCUAUGAUUCUGUCCAACAGCAGUAAACCUGAUAUGGACAGACGUAGCAUAACAACGUUGGGAGACACGCUAGCUGCAAGAGGCUGCCUCUAUGCUAGUCACUUCUGCUACUUGAUGGCCCAGUUAAGCUUUGGCCAAUACCACAAGAAGACAAGCAAGAUUGUCCUAAUAGGCUCUAGUCACAGUCUAGAGUUUGAGUACUUUGCCAACAAUGUCUCUAUACAGUGCACUGAAGUGUAUGAAUACGCUCAAUCUCUGGGAAACCCCCUUUUCCACAUGACAAGCUUCCAGUUGUACAAGUAUUUAUAUGCCACAAGACUUGAGAAGUUUGGUUUGAUACAAGAAACACUGCAGUAUACAGAGCACCUGGCCACCACUAUACAACAGAGCCCAGGAUCCUAUGAUGCCAUACUAGUCAAAAAUGUAUAUCAGCUGGCUGACAGGCUUAAGUUCCAUGACCCCCAAAUCAUGCAUGCAGGAGAAAUGUAUGAGCAACCCAGCUGGCUGGAAAACUUAGGAAAAAUUGUUCAUGCAUUUGAGGAAGGUAACAUUGCUGCAGUGCCAGCAUCAGGCAGUCAGACACCAAUGGGCUACGGGUCAACUACGGGUAGUGACAUCGCUGACGUCAGUGGCAUAACACCUGGUGCAGAUGUUAAUAUGCAGCAGUAUCAAGAAUCAUUUGGGGGGCAACAGCAACAACAGGAACAGCCAACAGAAGGAGAAACAGCACAACAGGAACAGCAAAAACCAUACCGAGACCCAAACUAUCCUGGCUAUAUCUAUAACUACCAGACGCAGCAGUGGGAAACAGAUCCUGAUUUCAACCAAGGUGUUCAGGGAGCCCAACAGACUGAAACUACACAAGAGGAAAAUGGUGUGGAGGAAACCGAGCCAUAUAAAACAUUCAGUAAGACAAGCGCUCUAGAAGGUGUCAAUCUGGCUGAGAGCAUGAACAGUAAUUACACUGCUACCACUGCUGAAAGCACAGACCCCGAUGAUCCAUAUGGAGACAGUAUGAACUCUCAGAGUACAUUUGAUUAUUAUGGAGCAUCUACCACCACUGGACUUGGUCAGUCAAGUAUAUCAUCAACGAUGCCCCUGGGUGCCUCUGCUGGUCAGUUCAAAAGACCCUCCAUUUCUGAGAGCUCUCCUCCUACCCCUACCAACAAGCUACCUCCCUCACAGCCUCCUCCCAAACCAGUUGAACCACCCAAGGAACAACCUAAAAAGGAGGCGCCAAAGAAAAAGCCUGCUAAGAGUGGAGGUUCAUCAUGGCUUGGGGGAAUGUUCAGCAAGAUUUUACCAAAAGGGAAAAAUGAGAUGAAUCUUCCUGAUGACAAGAAUCCAACAAUAAUCUGGGAUGAUGUUAAUAAAAGAUGGGUGAACCAGGAUGCCGAUGAGGAGGAUGAAAAACCCGCUGGACCUCCUCCCAAAGAUUCUGAUCUCUCUCACCCCAGCCCUGCUCCUGCUCCUGCACCCACAGACUCCACAGAUGGUCAGGCUCCAGCACCCCCCACGGGGAAUAGGUUCUCCAGGCCUAAACAGAGAGGAGCUAGGGGUCAGUAUGUAGACGUCAUGAACCCUGGAGGCACCAGCACGUCUUCUGCAGCACCGAGCAAUCUCUUCAACGUCAUGCCAACCGUCGCAUCAAUGCCAAAUAUGUUCAUUCCAGAUAUGACUGGACAACUGAAAGCCACAUCUGAUUCAGGUGCAGCACCAAUGCCAUCUAGUGAGCAGAAUGGAAGUGCCAUGAUUGGGAAUCCAGGAUCUCAACCCAACACUCCCAUAGAGGCAGAUACUCCACAACAAAUGCAGUUCUUUAAUCCACACUCUGCCCAGCAGCAACAGGCUCAAGGGGGUGGGGUCCAGGGUUCAGGGGGUCACAACCAAUCCACCGAUGGGGAGAUGUCACACACAAGUUCUAUGAGUUCCUUAUCUCAGGAAGUAACUCAACUGACACAUAGCGCACCUGAAUCUGCUACUCCAACCAGUGCUGCUCCUCCCCCUGCUAGCAAUGGACCCCCCAUGUUCUUUGAUCCCAGCACCUACCAGGCUCCUCAUCUAGCAGGUAAUCAGCCAGAGAAACCAGGUCAUAUGAAAUAUGGACAGAGGAGACAGUAUCCCAAAUAGAUAGCUGUUCUAUCCACUGACUCUCCUCCCUUGACAGAGCUCUCAAUGAAUGCUAUUGCUGCUGUAAUUGAUGAAUUAUCAUGAGACAUGAAGCAGAAAGCCUCAGAAUAUACCAUCUGUGGGGACAAUAUACAUGAAACUAGAUAUAUUUUUGCUACAAGGUGCCAUGAAGCAGAACAUAGAGUGGGUCUGAUGUAAAAGUGCUCCAUUGGACUACAUGUUAAGCCAAUGGAGAGAGAGAGGGAGGUCUGGUAGCAAUGUGAGCUCUCUUGUGUUCUGCAUUGUAUGAAACACUAGCCUAUUUAUUAUUAUCAAACAAUGGGGACAUCUCAAUAACGUCACUUGUAAAGGGACUUCAAAGACCCUGGUUAUAUGAAGAAACAUAAAAACCUCAGUCAAUGUUGUACAGAUAGACAGAGGUUUAUACCUGUCAGGGCCAAAGUCAGGAUCCAAAAUGGGUGAGGCAACACUUAAAUUGUGAGGCAAAAGAUGAGCCAAAUGAAGGUGAUAUACUACUAUUGUUACAUAAUUUUCAGUGUCAGUGGAAUUUUUUUCUGAAAAACCUCUAACGCUAAUGCCGUGGACACAUUUGCUCUGAUCUUCAAAACACUGGCACUCGGCUGAUGAGGAUUUUGUUAAAAACUGAGUGCAAUUUUGACCAAAGUAUUCAUCGGUCGGGUGCCAGUACUGAAAAUCAGAGCACAUGUGACCACGGCAAAAGCUGAGGCAAUUGCCUCAUCUGCCUCAUAGCUAGCCUCACCCAUGCCUCACCCAUGUAUCAAUUUGAAUGUAAAUAUGAUAUAUGGAUUGCAUUUGCCAAUUUUAGACUACUUAGCUCUACGAGAUUGCCAAUUAUUGUAUGGUUCAAUCUGUAGAAAAAAUCUUAAUAGCAAUUUGAUUAAUUUGAAUAUAAUUGAUUUGGUGUUAAAUGUUUUAUUGAAAAAAGAGAUUGUGCAAUAUUAGUACAUUAGCAUUAUUUGAGGUGGUUGGGCAAGUGACUUUACUGUACAUUGCUUGCAUGCUGCAUAUAGAGAUCAGGGGGCGGCAGUGGUCAGGGUGGUAUAUGGAUACUCACUGCAAUGGAAAUGAUGGCAGGGGUCAGCCUACAUGCUGUAAUGAAUUAAAUGAUUGUAAUUGUAUUACCAUACAUUGUUAAUAUGCUGUAUAAGUAAUUCUCUGCUUUUGAGUUGUAUUUGAACACUUGUUGUUGAUUAAAAUAUACAUUUCAAACCUAAUAUGUUAUCCUCAAAAACUCUUAAAAUUUAAGAGUAAGAAUACCAGUAUUUAAAAGUGUGCCGAUGAAGGAGAAAAUUGCCUUGCUAUAAUGAAUAAAUGAGACAAUUUCCUCAUUCUGUUUGUUCCGAGAUAAAUUAAUUGUAAAUAUAUGUGUAUAUAAGAUGAAAUAUUGUACAUAAGAAGGUGGAAGUUCAUCAUGAAAACAUAUAAAUUAUUCAGAAUAAAGAAUCACCAUUACAGAGAUAACUACUGUAUCAGAAUAUGUGUAAAUAUUUUAUUGUGCGUUGGUAAUUUGGAUUUACCUGAAUGUAGUGUGUUCUUUAUUUUAGAAUUUUCCUAUAUAAUGAAUGACAUUUAAAUAUACGUGAUCUGGUAUGGCAAAAGGAUCAACUUUAUUACUGUAACGAAGUAAGAGAUGGUUUGCCCAGUUGUGGAAUUGAAAUGAUAAUUUUAAUAUUUAAAUAACCCUUCCUAGCUAGGGUCAAGCUUUUAAUGUCAUCUUUACCUCCCCCUUAAACCAAACUGAUAUUUUAUUGAAACCAAAUGGAUUUUAGUUCAGGUCACUUGGUUUAUGUGAAGACGAUCCUCAAAUCUUGACAAUGUGAAAAUCAAUUUUGUUUGUUCAAUUUGGCUGAUUUGAUCAGACAAAUAUUGAUUGCUCUUUUGAUUGAGGUUUUGUGUGUUAUUUGUUAAAGUCAAUGGAGCCGUCUAGUAGAACUACCGUAGCUGUAAAUGUAACUAGAAUUGUCUCAUUUUUCAGCAGUUAAAGAAUUCAGCUUUGGUCAAUAUCUCCAAAUAUGGUAAAGUUUCAGAUUCACAAGUCAUUCGUCUCUUACAAUUAAGCCAUAAAUCUUGGAGCGUGCAACUGAAUUGUGAAAUUGUAACUUUAAAAUUCUAUCCCUGUAUGGUAUCAUCUGAGGGAGUUGAACUGAAACAAUUGAAGAUGGUUUUAAAUCUGUUAAAACACAGAGGUUGUUAUAAUUGUAUGAUAUGUCAAUGAAGACAAAGAAUAAAGAAAUAUUUUACAAAAUGUACUGCUGUAUUUUGUAA